AGUAAGAUUCAGAAUCCAAUUUUCUAUGUUAAAUUCCUCAUUUUCUGAAACUUUUCUUGGGAAAGUAAUCAUUCUUCCAUUUGCAGGAAGGGGAAAAUGCAUAGACUGUUUCUGAGUCUCAGUGUUUCCCUCUUUACCUCAGUCUGUCUGUAUUGUCUCCCUUUCCUGGCCAAAUGCAGAGCCUGCAACGCUUCCAUUACAGAGGAUUGUCCAACAAACGGGCGGUCUGGGAAUUUCAAGCAGUUCAACUGCCCUGAUGGGUACUACAAUGAUCUAGCUACUCUCUUACUUACAACCAACGACGAUGCUGUUCGGAAUAUCUUCUCCACCAAUACUGCUUCAGAGUUUACUGUCACUUCUCUGCUGAUUUUCUUUGCCCUCUAUUGCAUUCUGGGACUCUUUACCUUUGGCAUUGCUGUGCCCUCCGGUCUGUUUCUCCCAAUCAUCCUCAUGGGAUCAGCUUAUGGCAGGCUGCUUGGCAUGGCCAUGGGCUCCUACACCAACAUUGACCAGGGGCUGUAUGCUGUUCUGGGUGCAGCUUCACUGAUGGCUGGUUCAAUGAGGAUGACUGUGUCGCUAUGUGUGAUCUUCCUUGAACUUACAAACAACCUUCUUUUGCUGCCCAUAACAAUGAUAGUCCUUCUGAUAGCCAAAACUGUUGGAGAUAACUUCAAUCCAAGUAUCUAUGAAAUUAUACUGGAACUUAAAGGUCUGCCUUUCCUGGACGCACAUCCGGAGCCCUGGAUGAGAAAUCUUACUGUUGGUGAGCUUGCUGAUGCCAAGCCGCCAGUGGUUACCCUCGGUGGAGUUGAAAAGGUGUCUCGCAUUGUUGAUGUUCUGAAGAACACUACACACAAUGGUUUCCCUAUUGUUGUCGAAGGUGUGAUGUUGCCAGGUUGUGUAGUUGCUAGGGCAAAGGAGCUGCAUGGACUGAUCCUUAGAGCUCACCUGGUUCAGGCACUAAAGAAGAAAUGGUUUCUGCCAGAAAGGAGGAGGGCGGAGGACUGGGAAGUGAGGGAGAAAUUCAACUGGGUUGAUCUGGCUGAAAGGGAGGGGAAGAUUGAAGAGGUGGCAGUGACAUGCAAUGAAAUGGAAAUGUACAUCGAUUUACAUCCGCUGGCCAAUACAAACCCUUACAGGGUGGUGGAGAGCAUGUCGGUUGCCAAAGCUAUGGUGUUGUUCCGACAAGUUGGACUCCGGCAUCUGCUCAUAGUACCAAAGUAUCAAGCAGCAGGGGCUUCUCUCGUUUUGGGGAUCUUGACCAGGCAGGACUUGAGGGCAUGCAACAUUUUGACUGCCUUUCCACAUCUAGCAAACUCCUAAAAAAACCAUUGAAGUAUGAUCUAAGCACAUCUUUUUGUUUUGUUUUCUUCUUUUCCUGUCUUGUGAGCUUCACUUUUCCCUCAGAUUUCCAUUCUUUCAACAAUUCUAAAGCUGUUGGGAUGAGACACAGAGAUGAUAUAGAACUUUGAUUGCUGACAAAAAUUACAAAUAUUUCAAAGAAUAAUGAACCAUUCCAUUUCAU